UAAGGAUUAUUUAUUGUAUCAUGAAAAAAAGCGCUUGGAGGGAUUUUACUAUUUAGCUCUGAAAACCCUAUUGGGGAUUUUCUUUAUGCUUCACCUAAUAUUAAGUUUCCUAUAUCUAAGUCUGAUUCUACAAAAUGACAAAGGACGACCUGUAAAGAUCUGCGAGUUUCUGUUUAUCUACAUAUUGACUGUCAUAUGGCUCUUUCAAUUCUGGCUUCGGCAACAUUUCCUUGUCAAACCCCGUAAAUAUGUAUAUUUCUCAGGGGCUUUUGGUCUCCCUCUCGUGAAUUCUCUUGCCCUGGCUGUAGCAUUGCAACUCAAAGCAGACACAGGAAAACAGUCAUUGGAUCUACGGCUGAUUGUCCUGAUUUCUGGGUCUGUCUUCCUCUUUAGCUGGUUUGUUAUACAGAUGUCUGCAUUCUGUUUGGCCAAAAAAGAAAAAAUAAAAAGACAGCUGGGCCUGGUUGACAGACUCCAAGAUGCCGAGCUGGAACUGAUGUGUCUCGGAGGCAACAGUGUCCCCUUCUGGCAGCCCUAUGGAGAGGGUACAGGACACAGAACACAGCAGCAGGUUCUCCAAGCUGGCAUGCCAGACCCCUCUGCUCACCUGGGGAAACGCAAGCUGAUCCAAGAGCGGCUAUUCCUCCUCCAACAUGCCCGUGAAUGCCAGCAACACAAGCAGACUAAGAGGGAGGAGUGGUCAUGCUCCAGGCCCCAGUGCCGCACCAUGCGGAAGGUCCUGAAGCAUAUGGACAGCUGCCAGGCCGGCAUCACCUGCCAGGUGAAGCACUGCGCUUCCUCCCGCUUGAUCAUCUCACACUGGGAGAACUGCACACAGCAUGACUGUCCUUAUUGCAUGCCAUUUAAAAACAUGAGCAACAGAAGAAGGAACAAUGGAUCACAUGACAAUCAGGAGAUGGAGGCCGCAAUACCUGCUGAUCACAAUGAACCAAACACAAGACCACAGUUUGCAAGGUCCUGUUGGAUCACCAAGCUAGCCAUGUUAGCUGUCACCAGAAUAUCAGUGAUGUAUUACAGUUCAUUUUAUCUGAAGACUUGAAGGACUUUGCAAGUGCAUAUAAACAAAUUUUCAUCUGCAGAAAAGAACCCCGUACUGCGAAAUCCUCAGUGUUAAUUUAACUCACUUAGUGAUAAAAUUAGCACUAUCCCGGUGUUUAUAUAAUUCUCACUGGUUACACUUUGGGUAGUGUUAACAUUUAACUCUUUAAUAGUGUUAUUUAAUAAUGUAAUUUGUUUUGACACACAGAAGUAUAUUUUACGCAAUUAUAUUAUUGGCUUU